AUCGGGCAACUCUAAACUGUGUAAUUAAUACAACGAGCUGAAAGUACAUAUAAUAUACACAUUAUAUUGUUUAGUGUUUUGUAAUUUGUUAUUUGGUCCAAGUUUUAGAAGGUCAUAUAAUUCACAUAUAUAUAUUUGCUAUAUAGAUGACCUAGAAUAUAAAUUAAUGAUAAACAAUGUCUACUGACGACAUAUCACUAAGAGUGGGGAUGGGAAGAUUGGAAAUAGAGCCAAGCAAACCAAUAAAGAAUAUAAAAGAAGAAAAUCCAUUCUUAAAUCCCUUGCAAAGACGGAUGUCAUCCAAAUCAUUCAAUCAAACGACAAAAUGUACCUGUGUAUGUCAAAGAAAAAAAAAUUCCUCAAUAUGUAAAAAAAAGCAUAAACUAUUAAAAGAACCUGUUCUAAGAUUAUCUCAAUCAUAUAAUAUACACAACAAAAUAAAAAAUGAGUGCCAAUAUUUGUUCAAGAAUGAAGUCAUGUAUAGUCAUGUACCAAAAAAAUGUAAUUCUGAUAACGUAAACUUACACACACUGGUUGACAAUUGCAAUCAACUAAGUAUAUCCUCUGACAAUAGCCACACAGUGCUGAGGGUAAAUAACCUAAAUGACUGUGCCAAAUGGUGGAAAUGUGAAGCAUAUAGAGAUAGACAAUCAAGAGAAUCAAAUUCAGAAAGAAGUUCAUCUGGAUCCUGCUCUCAGGAAGCACUGAAUCCACCAUGCGAUGUCACAAUUGACGAACUAGCUAGCUACUUUGAAACACUAGUUCACAUACCAAAAAAGAUGUCCUCAAUGGCAGAAAUGAUGUAUAUUUAAUUUGAAGUAUGAUUAAGUGAAAAUGAUUCUGUGGUCCAUUUUUUGCUCUUUUAUAUUUUAAUUGAGCUUGUAAUUAAUAUUAAUAACCAUUCACUGUUAGGAUAUAUUUUUAUUAUUUGACCAAAAAAUAACUGUAUUCAAUUUUAUAUGUUAUGUUUAAGUGUCUGUCACCGUGAAAUGUCUAUGUUGUGAAUUAAACAUUUUACGAAAUAAAAAUAACAACAAUUUUAAUGAUAAUCUUGGCUGUAGAACUAUGUCUUGUUCAGUGUGUGAUCUAGUUUCAUCAUUACUUUAAAGAUUACUCAUGACUUACUGUUUUACAAAUUGCUUGCUUUUAUGUAUCUUUGUUAAUUGAUGGUUUAAGAGUGUGCCUAUUGCUACUAAAAUUUCAUACUUAACCUGCUCUGUUCUUACUUUCUCCAAUCAUAGAUUACCUUAUUUCCAUGCUGAGUCUAUAUCUACAAUAUCUAAAAGUAUUAUUUCAAUAUAUUUUCUUGUUGCUUUAAUUUUACAAAUUAUUUCAAGGAUGUUUCUAUUACUUAGAUUAAGUACAAUGAUUAUUUCUACAAAACGCACUUACACAUAACAAAAAACAAACAUUUGUUUGAAAUGCCUGUCACAUGUGACAGGAGAUGGAUUGGUUUGUCAAAACCUAUUUUAUGGAAUAAAUACAUACUGUUUUAUAAUUUUUUAAUACUGUUAAUAUACUAUUUUAUGUAAUUGAUCAAAGUCCAUCCUUGAAAUUAUAUUUUAGUUAUGCUGCAAUACUUUGAACUGGAUUUACCCACAAAAAAUUAGCUAUUCGAUUUAUUCCCUCUCUUGAGCCAUCAUGCAAAUGAUGUUUAAAGCAUUGUGUGUGCAAGAUCAUAAAGAUUAACAAUUAAAUAUUUCUCUUUUAAAAAAUAACGUUUUAGCCUCUUUAUUAAUAACAAUUUUAAAAUAAUUAUUCAUGUAUAGUCUAAGAGUCUAGCCCUGUUACAAUGUUUAUUACAUGUUUAUACAAAUUAGGUACUAAUUUUAAAUGAUAUUUAUACAACAAGUAUAAAAUUAUUAUUGUGAACAUAAACUGCCUAACUAUGUCAUGCGAUUCAGUCUCAAAUAUUACAAAUUUGACAAAAAGAAAACAAAUC